AUGUCAACACCUCCCUUUGAGGAGGGACCAUCUUCUGGUGAGUCAUUUUUCGGGGCGGGAAAAAGCCUGGGGGGCCCCGGUGAUUUCCCGCGGGAAACUGGGACAUUUUUAGAUGGGAGCUCACAAUCCCUAGGGUUUUGCCGUACCAAAUGAUCGAAAUUUCGCGUGGAUUCUACAGCUAGUGAUUUUGGCCACAAAAAAUAACUUUUUAACCAAAAAACACUGGAAUUUUUCCGGAAAAACCAAAUGAAAGCAAAGUUUUUGCUCAAGAAAUCACCAAAAGCCCGAAGAAUCCAAGAUUUAGCGCGAAAAUUUUUAGUACGAAAAAUCGGCGCGAAAAUUGUGAAUUUUUCAAGACCCAAGGCUCCAUAGAGUACCUAGAGCUCAAAAUUUCGAGGAAAAUCGGAUUUUGGGGGUGAAAAUUGGGAUUUUCUAGAGCCAGAGCCAGAAAUCUUCGAAUUUUUGGUGCAAAUUGAACAUUUUCUUACCAAGAAUCGCUGAAAACUAUAGGAUUUCAUAGAAAAAUCGACGAAAAUCAGUUAAGCCACAAAUCCUAACCAUUUUCCCGCCAAAACCUAGAUUCAAAAAUUCUAUUUUCGCUUUUUUCACGAAAAGAAGAUUAUCUCGACGUCCUUGAAAAGUGCAAGUGACGAAAUAUUUGAAAAUUGAGGAAUUUUCUGUGUGGAACAGGUUCAGGAACAAAAUCAGGCCAGGAUAGGUUCGAAAAUUGGAGCUUACUGGGAAAUCCGAUGAAUCUAGCUCAAAAAUGGCGAAAAACAAGGUCUAGAACCAUUUUUCGAUGAAUUUUUGAUAGAAAAAGCAUAAAUUCGAGGGUGAAAAAUCCAAAAAUCAAAAUUGCAGGUCCUGGUGCACUACCCGAAGAUCCGCCAGCUGGCGAACAAGCCGAACCAGUCGCCUCAACAACAUCCGAACGUUUCGAUCCACCCAUCGAACCCAACGAUGACGAUGUUUUCGAUGGAGAAUUCGAGGUGAAUUUCAGUUCAGAUGAAGAUGAAGAAGAGGAAGAAUAUGAAGAGGAUUCCGAUGAUUCAGAUUCAGAUUCAGAUGACGAAGAAGAUGCUGUGAUUCUUGAACGACUUGUUCGAAGCAUUCUUUCACAGGAUAGAAACGCUUCUUUGAAACCUGAAGAUUUUCCGGAUGCCGGAAUUUGUUUAGAAAUGGAUCCGGAUGAAUCGGAAGAUGAGGAAGAUCUAGAUCGAGAAAUACCAAGACAUCUCACGAAAAAAUGGGCAUUCAGAAUGUAAGUUUACAUAGUUUUUGGGUCCGAGAAUCCCCCAAUUUUUAAGGCUCGAAUCUGAAGCCGAAAAAACGAGUCGUCAAAACGCGGUGCUUUCUCAACUCUGCUUUGUAACCAAUUAUCGAAGAGUCACCAUCAGAAGUAUGUUUCCGGAUGGUUUUCAAAGAAAUCUCGACUGUCAGCAGCCGUCGACAUCAAGAGAUUAUCAAGAAAAUCGAGAAGAUGACGAAGGAUCUGAGGAAGAGCGCGAGGAAGGCGAUGCGGAUAGUUCGGAUGAUGCGGAAAGUGGUGCGGAACAUCGAGAGAAUCGGCCGAUGCGGAGGAGAAUGGUACAACAACAUUUGGAGAGAAAUAACAGGAUGUGAGUGCGAUUUUUAUAGCGGGAACAUUGGAAAAUCCGGGGGACUAGGUUUCUAUAGUGAAAAACCUAGCCCCCUUUUGAAAAAAUCGAGGGACUAGGUUUUGUUAAAGAAAAACUAGUCCCUCGCUUUUAAAUCAACGAUUUUUCAUUGAAAAACCGAGGGUCUAGAUUCUCCAUCUCGGAAAACCUAGUCCCUCUUCAGAAAAUACUGAGGGACUAGAUUUUCCAUCUCGGAAAACCUAGUCCCCCUUCAGAAAAUGCCGAGGGACUAGUUUUUAUACUCACAAAACCUAGUCCCUCUAUACAAAUUUCAGUCAAAAAUCGAAAUGUCUAGCCCAAAAAUCACCCAAAAUUUUGCCACGUCAUAACCCACUUUCUUCCAGAGAUGCACAUAAUCGAAUACGAGAAAUAGACAAAAUCACAAUAGAUAUGUUGAGAAAUGCAAUAGAUGAAGCCAAAACAUUUUCGCUAGAUUGGCAUUUAUUCAGAAAUUUGAAGCCUAGAAGUUAUUAUGAAAUAUCAGAUGAUUCGGAUUCGGAAAAAGAAGAUGAAGAAGAAGAGAAAGAAGUGGAAAAUGUGGAGAAGGAGAUGAAAAUUAAUGGAUGUGUGAGUUACUAGGGCUAAACUAAGGACCUAAGCUUAACCAAAAAAAUUCUGAUUUUCAGCGAUCACCAGUUCGAAAAAUGCCAGUGGUAAAUGGAGCCAAAAAACUUGUCAACGGACAUCGCGAAACUUCCAAAAAAGAGGAAAGUUCUGAAGAAGAAGAAAGUUCGGAAGAAGAAGUAGAAGAUGAAGAAGAGGAGGAAGAUUCUGAUGAGGAGGAGGAUUUUCUGGAAAAACAGAAAUCCGAAGAGCUGAAGUUGGAUUUAGAGCGAAUUGAGAGGCGAGAAUUGCGACGGAGAGCUGGACUCGAAGAAUAUAAUCGGGAUUUCCAAGAGAUUGAGGAUGCGUUGAUGGAACAGGGGAGGAUUAUAUCGGAAAGGGUGAGCAUUUUAAGGGGGGAAUCUGAAUUUGGACGGGAAAUUCAUGGAAUUUGAAGAGCUCAAAAUUCGGACGAAAAAUAAGGGAUAAGCCAAAUUUUCUAGAAAAACUCACAUUUUCGGCGUUUCCUAGGACAUUUUGAAUCAAAAAUGAGUAGAAAUUCACGUGUUCCAGAUUUUUUCAUUAAAAAAACGCGUGAACUAUUUAGAAAAAAUUUUAAAAAACAUUUCGAAAAUUUAGAACUAUGUCUCCAGAUGAAAAUAAGGUUCAUAGGACGUAUAUUCUCUCUAAAAAUUUGAAUUUCCUCUUUUCCUGCCUUGUUUUCAAUAGAGCGCAUAUUCUCUCUAAAAAUUUGAAUUUCAAUUCAUACCACCUCAUUAUCAAAACAGCGCACUUGCUCAUUUGAACCUAAAUUUUAGGCUCCUAAACCCUAAUGUAAGCCAUUUAAAAAAACCUCCAAAUUUCCAGAUGAUCAGCCAAAUCAACACAAUGACAGCGCUAAGCGAAGCCAACUUCCUUCGAUAUACUCAAGAAUCUUCGAAUUUCCUCGAAGAACUCGGAUCUUCACAUUUCCAAAGUCGGAUUCGAAUGAAUUUGGAUGAUUUGGUAGCCGUUGAAGAUGCUCGAAUCGAACAAAUGGUUAAAGAUACUUUGGCUAGGAAAAGGAGAAAUGUUUUACCGUUUCCUGGAUAUAAGGAGGAAAGGGCGGGAAGUUAUCGGAGAAUUGUAGAGGAACCGGAUUCAGAGGAGGAUUCUGAUGAGGAGGAAGAAGAAGAGGAAGAAGUUCAGGAAACUUCGGAUGAAGAAGAAGAGGAAGAUCUAGAAGACGAAGAUCAAGAAUCAGAAUCAGAAGAUGAAGAUCCUGAAGAAGAAACGCCGAUCAAUAAACAUAUCCGUAGAGAACUGGAAUAUAGACAUCAUCGCCAUCGAAUCGCCGAUUUCCAACAACCCGGUCCAUCGCGUCGAGACUACACCGGCUGGCAAUUCCGCACCUUCCACGACACCUUCGAGGAGCGUCGCAGAUACCGCGCGGCAAACCCGCAAGCUCAGCCAAACACCCGAGCCUCCACAGGGUUUAGUGUGUAUGGAACGAGAAGUAGCUCGAAUUUAGCUCCGCAACCUCCGCAACCAAGGUACGAUGAGGAAUUGUAUGAGAAUGAGUUGAUGAAUAUGGCGAUGGCACAGACGCAAGCGCAAGGUUCACCGUUUGGUGGGUAUCAGAGUCCGGUGAAUGGUGCACGGGGAACACCGAGAAGCCCGCUGGUGCAUAGCUCGAGUAGCUCGCAAUUAUCCACCCUUGGCGCGUCUUCUUCAACAGUGGUGAAUCAUGUGAAUCCGAUGACAAAUCAUAUUUCGUCACCGCGACCGCAAAGAUCUACACCGAAUCAUCUACCGAAUGGACAUCAUCAUAUUCAAUCGCCACCACCAACAACAACAACAAACAUCACACCAAAACAGCGAAGUGAAACGCCGGUGAUGAGCACGAGAAGUUUGAGAAAGGAGGAAUUGUUGAAGGAGAAAGAGGAGAAGAAGGAGAAUUUGGUGGAGAUUUCGGCUAACUCGAGUCAGCAGCAGAAUUCGAAACAGAAACAGAAGGAAGACAAGGAGAAGGAGAAGAGUAAACCGGAGAAGAAACAGGAUGAAAAUGAGAAAAUCGAAUCGGAGGAUGAGGUAGGGGAUUUUGGCUAAAAUUUGAAACCUGGAAAACCAAAACACAUAUUGGUGGACGAAAAACCAAAAACAUCUGCCUAGAAAGCGAUUUGGUGGCCUAGAAAACCAAAUUUAAGAUUCUGAUGGCCUAGAAUACUGAAUAUAUGCUUUCAGAGGCCUAAGAACCCAAAUACAAGCUUCCGAAGAUCUAGAAACUCGAAAAAAUCACAUUUUACUAGCCCAGCAUCUGAAAAAACUCUUAAGCUCAGGGUUAUUUUCUAGGGAACUCCCUGAGUUUUCCUUUUCUAGCCUGAAAAGACGAUCCCAAACCAAAAAAUACUACUAAUUUUACAGUCAACCACCGAAAAUCACGACACCUCAACAACAACAUCAGCCUCCUCAGCCGCCAGAAUGCAAAGAAAAAAGAAACUGGCAUCGUCAACUGCUUCUACCUCGAAUAUUCCCGAAAAGAAGAGCAAAAAAGUGGAUGAUGAUCAGCCGAUGAAAGCGCAAUCGAAACGAACGAGAAUUUUGAACAACUCGAAAUCGAAAGCCAAUGAUGAACCGACUUAUUGUGUUUGUAGUCGGGUUAGUGAUUUUGGGAUGGGAAAUUAGGGGAAAAUGUAGGAAAUGCUGCUAGGUUUCACUAAUUUACACAUUUUUAACAUGAAAAAUACAGAAAAGAAAAGCCGGGUUUCUCAAAUUUUCUCCGCAAAAUCUUUGAAAUUUCUCGUUACCUCCUAUUUUUCUAAUGAAAAUCUAUCAAUUCUGCAAAUUUUCAACUUUUCUCACUCUUCUAAACAUCGAAAACCCCGAAAAAGUGCAGAAAACAAAAAAAAGAAAAAAAGUCAAAAAAUAGUACAGUUGAAAAUUUUGAAGGCGCACACAUGUUUGUAUUUGGGUCUUGUAGCGAUGUGAAUUUAAAAAUAUAUUUUUUUCUUUUUUUCGCAAAAACACAGUGUCCACAAAACGACGUUUCUGCGUCUCUUUUCGAAAAAUCUCUCGUUUCGGUAGAGCGCGUUUGCUCGUUUGUCUUUUUUCAAUGGAAAAAUCGAAUUUUUUGCCGAUUUUUCAACUUUUUCUUGUUUUUACUCAUUGUCAUUGUUGUUUUUGCAAAUUUUAAUGAACGAUUUCUUAUUCUAUGAAUAUCAGAGAACAUUUUCAUGUAUAGAUUGUUUCAUGAAGUAACGCCAUAAUGCCGUUCAAAAAUUUUAAAGAUUUUUGUUCGUUUUUCAGGUUUUUUUGGGUGUCACCAAAAAGUGAAGAAUACUCAUUUUUCGAACUUUUUGGAAUACGAGGACCACAUUUGGGAUGAAAUGGGAUAUAUUUGGACCACUUCUAACGACGACAGAUUUAUUUUCAUAUGAAUCGAUAGAUGUUACCAGUGGUGCUGUUGAACUGUGGUCUGAUGCUUGUUUGGAUAUAAAAUGAUUCGAUUAUGAUGGGAGAGAAGCAAAUUAAGCUUUUCGUAGGUUUUUUGCUUCAGAAAUUUCAUAAUAACGGUAUUUAUUACGGUAUUAUUGCAGGUUCACGCUGGUCAUCGCUACUAUUGGACAUUUACUGGUUCAAAAAAUAUGUAACUGCUCGUGAUAUUUGAUUUUUGACAAAAUCGUAAUCGGAUUGGAUGUAUCUGAUCGUAAUUUCGAAUCAACCACACAUUUUUUCAAUGAGGGACAUUGCGCUAAACUCGCAUUGGAGGAUCUGGCUUUCCAACACCAAAAUCAGGAAAUUUGUUAUUCAGAGUACUAGAGGACAGUGAAAAUAUCGAGAACACACAUGAAAAUCCACUUGACGAUGUAUAUGUUGGUACUAUGAAGAAAAUAGCGGUCGUUGGAGAUGGUUGUAUAUGUUUGAUGGCUCAAAAGAUGAUCAAUUGAGAGGAACUCAUAUUUUAACAGUAAAAUCCGACUCUUCUCAUUGCUAAAUUCAAAUUUUGGAGCUUGGUAGAGAUUUCACGAUGUUUUUUUCUGAAGUUGACAGGAAAAGUUGAGUUUGAAUGGAAGAAUGAUGUUCCUUAUUGGCCAAAAUUAUCGAUUUGUGAUAUUCGGAGCUCUAUAACUCAGCUAAGCAGUUCAUUCGGAUCCUGACAAUCUUUUUGUUGUAUAUUUUCAUAUGGUCUUUCUGCUGAUGUUAAGUUUCAGCCGGUUUUUCAAAAUGUUUUUGUAAGACACGACUUUCUAUUAUUUAUAAAUAAAGAUGUAUUUAAAUAGUUCGUUUUUUGUUACAUAAAACUUUAUCAUUUAAAUUUUUCACACUUGAAUUCAGGUAUUUCUUAUUUUUUAAUAAAAAAAAACGCUCAAAUAAAAGUGUUUUGCUAAUUGCAAGAAUUUUUAGGUUCGAAACUUCUCAUUCCUAGCAUCAAAUAAACUGGUAUACUUUGAUUCGCGUAGUUCCUGGCCUCUAGAAGUAAAUUUAGCAAAAAUUUGGUUAAAUUUCAGCUAAAAUACUUCAUGAAAAACAUAUAAGUUUUUCUUUCGAUUUUAUAGCCUUCAAAAUUUCAAAAAUGAAACGAAAUGUUAUUUCUCUGCCUUCCUUUCAUCCUCCUCUACUCGCUCAUAUACCAUUUACCCGUGAAUUUCUCGAAUUUAUUGAAAAUUUUCGAAAAAAUUCAAAAAAAUUGAAAAAAAAUGAGAGAGUGUUGUUUGCUGUAGAGACGCAGAUAACGAGAGAGCGCACACACCUCGCGUCGUCCUGUGGAUAUUGUGAAAAAAACUAUAAUUUUUUUGCAGAUCUCUUUCGGCGAAAUGAUUGGCUGCGACAACGAGAAAUGCGAAAUCGAAUGGUUCCACUUCGAAUGCGUCAAUUUGUCAAAUAAACCCAAAGGCAAAUGGUUUUGUCCCGAAUGCCGUCAUCCGGAUUUUGGAGCGAAAUUGCCGAAAACCGCCACAUGUCCGCCGCCAGCAUCCACAACUAUUUCAACUGUUAAAAAAUAG